CGGUAACGUGGUAAAGAGACGAUACUAGCAACAUGAAACUCAAGCGGUUCCUUCUCAGAUAUUAUCCUCCAGGUAUAAUCUUGGAAUAUGAGAAAGGAGGAUGUUUGAGGACCAAAUCCAUCGACCUUUUGGAUUUGACUCCAGAGACGAGCCCAGAUGAGUUGCUGGCAGAGAUCCAGCAGUCGGAGCCUCUGAUCACAGAGUCCCGGGCGGAUCAGGUCAAACAGCUGAUCGUCAGACUGCAGCAGAAACAGGGCCAGCAGGACCACCACCGCUUCUGCUUCUUCAAGGAGCUGAAGGCACACAUCCUGCCUCUGACAAACGUUGCCUUCGACAAAUCAGGGUCAAGGUUCAUCACUGGGAGCUAUGACAGGACGUGCAGAGUUUGGGACACGGCCUCGGGCUCAGAGCUGCACACGUUAGAGGGGCACAGAAACGUGGUGUAUGCCAUCGCAUUCAACAACCCCUACGGAGACAAGAUUGCCACCGGCUCUUUUGAUAAGACGGCCAAGCUGUGGUGUGCUGAGACGGGCAAAUGUUUUCACACCUUUCGCGGACACACUGCAGAAAUAGUGUGCCUGGCCUUUAACCCCCAGAGCACGCUGGUGGCCACGGGCAGCAUGGACGCCUCUGCCAAGCUGUGGGACGUGGAGACGGGGGACGAGGUGGCCACGCUGACCGGUCACACUGCAGAGGUCCUCUCUCUGUGCUUCAACACAGUGGGAAAUCAGCUGGUCACCGGAUCCUUUGACCACACCGUUUCAAUAUGGGAUGUUGCCUCAGGAAGACGUGUCCACACUCUGAUUGGUCACAGCGGGGAGAUCAGCAAUGUACACUUUAACUGGGACUGCUCCCUCAUAGUCACAGGCUCCAUGGACAAAACCUGCAAGUUGUGGGAGGCAGCCAGUGGGGAGUGUGUGGCCACGCUCACUGGACACAAAGAGGAGGUGCUGGAUGUGUGUUUUGAUUUAAGCGGUCAGCUCGUUGCUACUGCCUCUGCUGAUGGUACUGCCCGAGUGUUCAGUGUAAACACACAUCAGUGUCUCGCGACCCUGGAAGGCCACGAUGGAGAGAUCUCAAAGAUCUGUUUCAGCCCCCCCGGCAGCAGGGUCCUGACGGCCAGCUCCGACAGGACGGCUCGUCUGUGGGACGCUCGGUCUGGAGUCUGCCUGCAGGUCCUGGAGGGCCACACGGACGAGAUCUUCUCCUGCGUCUUCAACUACGAGGGCGACACUAUCAUUACAGGCAGCAAGGACAACACAUGCAGGAUCUGGUACUGAUGCUUUACACGGAUACAGCCAUCCACUGUAAAACGUUGUAAUUCAAAAUACAUGUUAAUAAAAGUCUGUUUUACAGCAUCUGUGUGGUUAAAGUGGGAUUACAAAUCGCUGUUGCU